AUCAUUAGCUGCUUUGCCAAGAAACAUGUCCAGGUUCAAUGUAUACAUACAUGUGCAUAUAUCCAAGAAAGGGUGAAAAGUAGAUAAUUUGUUCUGAGCGUCAUGGGAGAAAUUGAUGAAGCCUUCAUCCAAUCAAUUGAACACAGACCAAAAUCCACCACAGUUGAUGCUCAAGGCAUCCCUGUAAUCGAUCUUUCUGCACUAAACUGUCAGCACUGCUCAUCCAAUUCCAGCAGUUCAGUGGAAGAUCUUAUUGUACAAGUAGGUGAAGCCUGUAAAAACUGGGGUUUCUUCCAGGUGAUUAAUCAUGGGGUUCCAUCAAGCUGCAGGGAAAAGGUGGAGGUUGCUUCGAGGGCCUUUUUCCGGCAGCCAUCGGAGGAGAAAAGGAAGGUUAGAAGAGAUGAGACUAAUUCAAUGGGGUUUUAUGAUACUGAGCAUACGAAAAAUGUUAGGGAUUGGAAACAGGUUUUUGAUUUCACGGUGGAGAAUCCGACCGUGGUACCAGCUUCUCAUGAGCCUGAUGAUGUUCGGUUGCAGGAGAUUGUCAAUCGAUGGCCUGAUUAUCCUCCUAAUUUUAGGGGGGCCUGUGAAGAAUACACCAGAGAAAUCGAAAAACUAGCUUAUAAGUUGCUGGAGUUGAUAUCCUUGAGCCUGGGGUUGCCAGCAGAGAAACUUAAUGGCUUCUUCAAAAACCAAACAAGUUUUAUGAGACUCAACUACUAUCCUGUAUGCCCCUUUCCUCACCUAGCCCUCGGCGUGGGUCGACACAAGGAUUCCGGGGCAUUAACUGUCCUUUCUCAAGAUGAUGUUGGGGGACUAGAAGUGAAGAGGAAAACAGAUGGAGAAUGGGUUCUAGUUAGACCAACCCCAAAUGCUUAUAUUAUCAAUGUUGGAGAUGUGAUUCAGGUUUGGAGCAAUGACAAGUAUGAGAGUGUGGAACACAGAGUGAUGGUGAACUCUGAGAGGGAGAGAUUUUCCAUCCCAUUCUUCUUUAACCCAUCUCAUACAGUCAUGGUGGAACCUUUGAAGGAGUUGACAAGCAAACAAAACCCUGCAAGAUAUAAGCCAUACAACUGGGGAAAGUUUCAUACCACCAGGAACAUCAGUAACUUCAAGAAGCUCGAUGUGGAAAAUAUUCAGAUUCAUCAUUUCAGAAUAUGAAACAGAAGAAAUUAAUUAUUUUGUAUACCCCAAAAAAUGCUGGAAUUGAGGAGGCAAACGCAUUAUGGUAAUUUGUCUUUAGGCUUGUUAAUCCAUCAUACUGUCGUAGAUUUACCAACGAUCUAGUCAUUUGGGAUAUCUUACUAGAUCUAGCAAUGAACUGCCUCGAGUUAUAAAAAUGCAUGUACGCAAACUCUAAAUAGACAUCAUCAUUUAUUCAGAUUUACUGUGAUAUAAGUAGCUAGAUUAUAUUUUUCGGUA